AUGGACCAAAGAAAAAAAAAGUGUUUGGAUAGCAUCCACAUGAAAAAAAAUCUUACUUUAGUCAACUCCAUAAUUCUAUUCCCACCACAGACUUCUAUUCUCCACCGGCAACCAAAUGAUGUGCUGAUCGACUUUAUUCAAAAUUGCCGAUACCAGCGAGUGGCGACAGAUCACGUACUCAUAUGGCGCGGGAAAUUCGAGCAAAGCUAUUGUCUCAUUAUGAAGGGCUCUGUGUCACUUCACUUGGAUGGCGCCCAAACGAGAGAAGAUUUGUCGUCUGCUUCAGCACAUCCAUCAAAAGAGUUGGAUGUUGCUGACACCUCGGCCUUCGAGACCUUACGGUCUGUUUCCAGCACAGGAAAACCCCCGGAAGAAUCAACAACCAGUGACGUUGUCACGGGAUCUGGGGAAGGGCAGAAAAAGGUUGGACAUCGGCCAAAGUUGGGAAAGUUCAUUAUUAGUUACGUUCCUUCUCUUUCUCUUCAUUUUUCUUUUUCAUUAAAUAUUCCUGCAGGAGCUGGAGAAAGCCUUUUUGAUUGCAGCCUGCUUAUAGAUGUAAAGCCCGUGGGAGUAACAGCGAUUUGUGACAAACCAACCUAUUUGCUACUCCUUGAGAAUGACUUCGUGUCGAACGAGUUUCGAGUAACUUCUAUAAUACCUCAAGCCUCCUUUUCUACCGAAGCGUAUUUUCGUUCAUUCGGCGUUAGUGACCGUGAGAAGAAAGUCACUAGACGGCCGGCCUGA